AUGCAGGUUAUUAGAGGCUACCGUCGUCUGUUGCGUGCGAGUCGACAGGCUUUUCGCGGUGAUGUAUACGCGCUCAAGCAGGCGCGCAUGACGUUGCGUGAACAUUUUAUAGCAAAUCGUCAGGGUCGUGCAAAGCAAGGAACAGGCGAGAAUGGAACCCGUUUUGAGGUGCAGCUAACAGACCCACAGCGCCACGUCAUGCGCAAGGAUGAGGAACUUGUGCCGCUUACAGAAAACUCGGCUACCCAACCACUUGUUAUGAACUCGGGCAAUAUUUGUCAGCGUCCGGCAUAG